UAAUGACGUAUCAGUCUCCUGAAGACCCCGGAAGUGCAACUCGAAGUUGGUCGGGGCGCGGAUCCCCAGAGGGAAAGUCAUAACAACCGCACGAGGGAGUUCGACUGGCGAACUGGAAGGCCACGCCUCCUCCCGCCUGCCCCCUCAGCCCUGUAGCUGGGGGCAGAGCUCAGACUGUCUUCUGAAGAUUGAUGUCUAUUUCCUUGAGCUCUUUAAUUUUGUUGCCAAUUUGGAUAAACAUGGCACAAAUCCAGCAGGGAGGUCCAGAUGAAAAAGAAAAGACUACCGCACUGAAAGAUUUAUUAUCUAGGAUAGAUUUGGAUGAACUAAUGAAAAAAGAUGAACCGCCUCUUGAUUUUCCUGAUACCCUGGAAGGAUUUGAAUAUGCUUUUAAUGAAAAGGGACAGUUAAGACACAUAAAAACUGGGGAACCAUUUGUUUUUAACUACCGGGAAGAUUUACACAGAUGGAACCAGAAAAGAUACGAGGCUCUAGGAGAGAUCAUCACGAAGUAUGUAUAUGAGCUCCUGGAAAAGGAUUGUAAUUUGAAAAAAAUAUCUAUUCCAGUAGAUGCCACUGAGAGUGAACCAAAGAGUUUUAUCUUUAUGAGUGAGGAUGCUUUGACAAAUCCACAGAAACUGAUGGUUUUAAUUCAUGGUAGUGGUGUUGUCAGGGCAGGGCAGUGGGCUAGAAGACUUAUUAUAAAUGAAGAUCUGGACAGUGGCACACAGAUACCGUUUAUUAAAAGAGCUGUGGCUGAAGGAUAUGGAGUAAUAGUACUAAAUCCCAAUGAAAACUAUAUUGAAGUAGAAAAGCCGAAGAUACACGUACAAUCAUCAUCUGAUAGUUCAGAUGAACCAGCAGAAAAACGGGAAAGAAAAGAUAAAGUUUCUAAAGAAACAAAGAAGCGACGUGAUUUCUAUGAGAAGUAUCGUAACCCCCAAAGAGAAAAAGAAGUGAUGCAAUUGUUUAUCAGAGAAAAUGGUUCUCCUGAAGAACAUGCAAUCUAUGUUUGGGAUCAUUUCAUAGCUCAGGCUGCUGCUGAGAAUGUGUUUUUCGUUGCUCACAGCUAUGGAGGACUUGCUUUUGUUGAACUGAUGAUUCAACGAGAAGCAGAUGUAAAAAAUAAGGUAACUGCUGUGGCAUUGACAGACUCUGUUCACAAUGUGUGGCAUCAAGAAGCUGGCAAAACGAUUCGAGAAUGGAUGAGAGAGAACUGUUGUAAUUGGGUCUCUAGCUCAGAACCAUUAGACACAUCAGUGGAGUCCAUGCUACCUGAUUGCCCCCGGGUCUCAGCAGAUACUGAUUGCUUCGUGAUUUUGAAAAAAAUAGCAUGCACCGACCGUCACGAGCUAACUUCCUGGAAGAGCUUUCCGUCUAUUUUCAAAUUCUUUACCGAAGCCUCAGAGGCCAAGACCAGCUCCCUGAAGCCGGCUGUGACGCGCCGCUCGCACCGCAUCAAGCACGAAGAGCUGUAAGAGGAGCGAGCGCGACGGGGGAGGCCGCCCUGGCGCACGCACCCGCACGCCUCCUCACUGCUUGUGUCGUCGAGCGGACUCCCAGCCCCUCAUUAGAUUGUUUUCUUCCCAGAGCACAGGGUCGUGAUAUAUACAUCUAAAUAGCGUUUUGCAUUAUUUCUAGAUGAGUGCAACUGUCAAAGCAAUAUGGGUUCACUGGUCGUGCUUCCUGCGGGCUGAGCGCGCGCUGAGCGCUGCCAGUCAGCGCUCACAUUAAGGCUGACAGCGCCCUGCCCCGCGCGGCCGGCGAGGCUCUAAUUGCCCUGACGAAGACCGCGCGGGCGCUGCGGGUCCGGCGGCGUCGGCGCGGUCCUAGCGCCCGCCGUAGCCGAGCCGCUGCUGCUUCCCCCUCCUUAAUCAUGUCCAUCUUUCCCCGCUCUCAACUGGAGCAAACUUCUAUUCCAGACUUCAGAUUUCCAUUUUCACUAGGUUUUUCCCUGAGGGCAUCUUAUUACCCACCUCUUUUUUUUUUUUUUUUUUUUUUAGGAAGUUCCACACACACUCCAAAGCCGAUUUCAAAUUCAGAACCUGAAUGCCAUGAUGUACCAUGUAGUUUGGGGAGUGCAAAUUGUUCUCUCCCUGUUUUCAUUUCGGGACCAGAAAAAAAACAACUCUGCAUAAAAAUCUAUAAAGUACUGAAUCCGCAUUACUGCUGAAAAUCCUUUUGCCAGCUAAUUGUGAGAGUUUACACAAGUCUCUGAUUUCAGAAGAGACUGUUAAAACCAAAACAAUGAUGGGCAGCUCUUUUAAGUGUAGGUGUGAAAGGUCCCAUUUUCAAUGGAAUUUCCAACUGUUAUCACUGGGAUUGACUUUACUUUUUAAACACAUAAUGUGUACUGAGUGGCAUUGUAAUUUAGAUAUAACACACUUAAGUUUUGCUUUUUAAAUCUCUCUGUGGAGAAAGAUUGUUGUUGUUAAUCCUUUCCAGAAUGAUCUAUUCUGAGCUUUCCUGGAGUUAGGCCCUUCUAGGGAGAGAAUUUUUUUAUUGUCAUCAGGAAACGAAACCUUUGUGCUCUGCAGCCUUUUUCUUCUGAAAGGCUAAGUGGGGCUAAAAUUAUCCUUUUAGUUUUCUGCUUUAACAAGAAGAGAAGGACUUGGUGUGAAAGAAUUUCUUCUCUCAGUCCAAUGGUAUAAUUUUUAGCACUCCGCUUCCUCUGUAGGGUUUAGCCCUACAGUUUGAACAAUUAAGUAUUUUAAUCCAGCUAAGAUGUGGCCAACACUGUGAAAUACAGGAGAUGUUAAGGUUUUGCUGACUUUUAGAUUAAAAUCUUAAAAUUUCACAUUAUAUUUUAAUUACUUGACAAGUUUAAUUACCUAAAGAUUGUUUCUAAUAGAUGAGAACAUGAAUUUAAUAGUUUUCAUCCUUUUUUCAAGUGUGUGCAACAAUUAAUAUGCCUGCCUUAUUUGAGGACAUGAUAAAAUGUACCCAAAAUGACUUCGAACUGUCUAAUGCCUCAGAAAAGUAACUUAAAAUCAACCACUUCGUGCUUAAAUGUUUUUAUAUUAUGAACCGAUUUCAACAAGUUUUAAAGCUGUUAAUAUCUCAUUGCUGUGUUUGACACACAAGUACAUUCAUUGGUUCUAUAGUCUUAAUGAUGACAAAUUAAAGAUGUUUUUUCAGUGCUCAGGUAUGCAUAUAUUUUCAUGUUACUUAAGCAAAAUCAACUAUAUAGGAGGAAAAAUCAAAAUGGCAUUUUAUUCAGCUACCAGAUGGCUUAAAAUGAGUAAACCCCAACAACAUCAAGCACAUUUGUCUGUGAUAUUGACCCUUUUUAUCCAAUCAUUACUAUUUUAGAAGUAGUGGUGAACUGUGUAAAAUAAUGGUAUCUUCAGCAGUGUUCCGGAAUCUUAGUUGAGGGACAGACAUUCCUUCCAGUGAGAGAUUCAGGAAUUGAUGUGAAUUGAAUGUAUUUUUCAAGGUAUUAUAAAUUGUGUCGUGUUUUCAGUAUAUGAAAAUGUUGACAGGAAACAAUUUUAUAGCAUUUAUAAAAAACCAACACUUGUGCAAUGCUAAAUUGGCGAAGCUUCUGCACCUGAAUUAGAGCACAAUAAAUAUGCUGUUUAUAAACCAAAUCACUGCUAUUCCUUCUCUCAAAUCAUCUCUCCUCUUUUUAAACCUUUACUUAUAGCUAGAAUAAAUCACUAUUUAAUUGCCUCUAAUACUUUAAAACUACUGGAUGGUUAGGCCUUGUUUAACUAUUUAUGGAGAGCUAUUUGCAAACUUAAGUUGUGUAAAUGUAAUUUCUACUUGUGAAUCUGAGCUGUAGCAGCCCAGAGGGAGCUAGGCAAACUAUUCCAGACCACCAACUGAUAAGUGAUCAGAUUCUUUGUAAUGUAGGAUUUUUUAACCUGUUGAUUAUGGGUUUGUUGAUAUAAAUGUAAUAAUGUUCACCUCGAUUUUCCUGAAGUAACAACCAGCAGUUGGCAGUAGCCCACCUGCAUGAGGGCGGCCAGUGUUAACAAUAUUUUUGUUCUGAUCUUCUUCUUCCCCAUUUUUGUUUCCUCAAACAGGUUUUUAGGAGAGUGGAGAUUUAAAGUCAGGAUGUGGCCUUUUUAUUUUAAUUAUAUACUUAAUUCUUAGAACAAGUAGAAUGGGAAAGGAGUGACUGAUAAAUCUAAGAUUCAAAAUAGUCCUGUCGAAACUUAAAGGCCAGAAUUUGCUUUGGAGCUUUCUGUAGGUACUAGCCAUCCCGUCAUUAAAUGUUUUCAUGGAUAUUUGAAAAGAAGACCAUGUACCUUUAAUAACUGUUCUUUUCUCGAGUUUCUGCCUUGUGCUUUGACCUGGAUUGCAUUAUUAUUGUUUAUGCGAAGUAAAAAAAAAAGGAAAGCACAAGCUUUUCCUGUAUGUUAUAUUUCCAUUUCCAUUUUAAAAUAAAAACAAUUUUCCCAACAA